AUGGAACAAAAUAACGAUGGUAACACAAACCAGACACAAGACCAACCAGGGACAAACGACACGACGACAGUAACAGACAUUGAACAGCAUAACCAUGGUAACACAAACCAGACACAACACCAACCAGGGACAAACGACACGACAAAAGUAACAGACAUUGAACAAAAUAACGAUGGUAACACAAACCAGACACAACACCAACCAGGGACAAACGACACGACAAAAGUAACAGACAUUGAACAGCAUGACCAUGGCAACACAACACCAACCAAGGACAAACGACACGACAACAACACAACACCAACCAGGGACAAACGACACGACAACAGAACAGACAUUGAACAGCAUGACCAUGGUAACACAAACCAGGGACAACACCAACCAGGGACAAACAACACGACAACAGUAACAGACAUUGAACAGCAUGACCAUGCCAACACAACACCAACCAGGGACAAACGACACGACGACAGUAACGGACAUUGA